AGGGAGAAGGUGACGACAUUAGGCAUCCAACGGCUGUACUCGUGGUAACAGGUCACGAAUAGUUGGGCAGUCCAGGCAGCAGUGCUCAAUGGUAGAGGGCGGAGCGUGGCACAAGUAACACUCAGGGAAGGGAUGCUGCCCCUCCACCCUUGUGAUCUGCCACAGAGGACGGUAGCUCAGCCGGAGACAUGUUGAAACAACAUUAUGCCUUCGAAGCUUAAGUCUCCGGCGACGGUAGGUGUACUUGUGGCGACAGACAGACUCGUAGUGGUUGAUUGUGACCAAGGAUUAUUAUAUAUUCCUUGAUUGUGACGUUGGAGGGCUUCUCUGCAUCCCUACGGCGCCGCAAUUGGAGGAGAGCGGAGCAGACUGUAGCAAGAGGUAGCAAGAGAAGGAGAGAGGGCGCCCAUCAUCACAAGGUGGCAGGCGGUAGACUUCCUUGGCUAAGCGGUCAGCUGUGGCAUUAUGGCGCAAACCUAAGUGAGAAGGUAACCAUAAAAAUUUCAAACACAAGUUACAAGCUCUCAUUAAGGAUAAAAAUGACAAUUUUUAUGACUACUGGAGUGUGGGUGAGCUGAGACGCGGAAAUGGACUCAAGGGCAGGCUUGGAGUCACAAUUAUGACAGCAUGCACUCCCCUUUGACAAACGAGUCAAACAGCAUCCAAUAUUGAGUACAAUUCACACAACGUAAAACUAGAGUAGUCACCAAGCCGAACAACGGCUAACCCAACACCCCUGUGGGAGGCUCCAAGUCAGGUGAGACGAUUGCACUACCAGCCGCUCCAUCAGAUUAUAGUUACCAAUCAGUGUAGAGGCGAUGCGGGGCUGGGAGAGAGAAAAUCACUGUCACCACAUAUUCAAAGGCAAGCUUUAGCUGUGGAGGACAGGGGAUCUGUCUUGCAGGCAGGAGUGAAGCUCACCUCAGGCGUUGGUAGCAUCCAGGGGGAUGGGCCUGAGAGCAAUUCAGCAGCGAGGAUAUUCAAAAUAAUGUUACGGAGCAAAGAAGCAGGCCUGAUAAGAACACGGACAACGGCAGUAUGAGAGAGAGAGAGAGAGAGAGAGAGAGAGAGAGAGAGAGAGAGAGAGAGAGAGAGAGAGAGAGAGAGAGAGAGAGAGAGAGAGAGAUUGCAACAAUUGGAAACACCUUCCAUAAUUUGUUACCCACCACAUAAGUAAUAUGCAGCAUCACUAAGUUUUCAUAAGGUUGGGUCCACCCACAGCACUCAACGCUUCUUCAAAGAGCCAAUCCCGAAGCGACGUGGUCCACGCAGGAGUAGUGGUGCUUCCCCAGCACGGAUCCACUGUGGUUAUUACUGCUGCAACAAUGCUCUGCCAGCCAUUCGCCUCCUGAGCUAGGCGACCUCAGCACAGCUUACAGUACUAAUCACUAUUGUUUACUUUGUGCGAUUCCUUCUUGAAACUAUCAUUACAGUAAAAUCAAAUGUGAUAAUCUUGAAAACAAUUAUAUACUUUUACAUGUAUAUGUUAUAUUGAGUUACGGCACUUUCUAUCCGUAUUUUUCUUACUUAGAAAGAUUUCUAUGGAGUUGAUUUUACUAUUGAAGUCUAAUAAUUACUAACUCUGUGUGAACUUAAGUGAAUUUCAUGUUUGUUGCAGCCAGAGUAGAUAAUUUUAUUAAUUAUUAUUUUUUUUUAUCUAUUCAUUUGUUCAUAUAUGCAUACAACAGCUCCCAAGCUAUAAAACUCCGACAACCCUACACGACGCUACCGGCAAAAACUCGAUCUGGAACUUUCGAGGCAGGGUUUCUUAAACUUGGUCUUGAUCUUCCGGAAUAUGUCUACAUUUUGCGUACUGUGCUGAAAGUCCAAUAACUUUCAUUAGAGUUUAUUAAAAGUACUUAACGUAAAACCUUUCACGUUUAAACAUAUGGACCUAUUUUCUUAUGUAAGUACGUAACUUUAAACAUUAUGUUAAUUUCAGCAUCAAGAAAGUCCAGAUGUGCUGACACACUGCGUGGCUGUACCAUAAGAAGAAGUCUACCAUUCAUAAAGGAAGACCUGAUCAUGGUCGCAUUUAUGUAGGUGUGUGCGAGCAAUUGCCUCACAAGGGUUGAAUAUUCAACACUGAAAAGCUGUGUGAAGCCUACUCGUUUAUCUGCAAGAGCUAGUUAAUUCAUGGCCACCUGCGUACAUAUGAAAAGCAUAACAUGAAUAAAUGAUAUCGCUGUAGGUUUUACGUAUACAUUUGUAUAUUGACUGUAUAGGAAAACUUGCUAAGGUAUGGCAGUGCAGAAAUCUUUCGCCAUGGCGGCAAUGUUGUGUGUCUGUCUUCAGCCUGCGACAGCCACACCUCCAGUCUUAGAGAGAGGUGAUGAAAGCUGGAUAAAGGAAGCACUAGAAGUAGUGUUGGCAGAGGCGUCAGUGUCUCACUGUUCCUUAACUUUCAUGAUGGACAAGACGUCUUCCUAUUUUUAUGAGGCAGUGAGAUUCCGGAUGCCCGCAACGAAGACUGGCGGAGAUGUGGUCCUCGAUGUGGCAGAUGACGGAAGCACUGAUGUCAAUCUCACCAUGACUCAAGUAGUAGCUCAGGCUCGUAAGAUGCGGCUGAUGUCCUGGUGUACAUUGGUGGUUGUCUUCAGCGAUAACCCAACCUUCCUGUCUGUUUUCGCGGAGAUGGCUGAUAAAGGUCGGCUGAUGGUGUGGGAAACAAGACUCUUAGUAAUCACCAGGCUUCCUUUGUCGAACCUUCAGGACCUGUUGCAGAAUUACUGGACUUUCUCCAUGAUGAACACAAUGUUCCUUAAACUCAACACAUCAUCUGGAGAAAACCAUUGCCAGAUAUAUGGGCACAUGCCAUAUGGACCCACCGGAUCCCAUGUAGCGCAACUGGCAAGUCUGAACUCUGGUUACAUUUUAGUGUAUCUCAGUGACAGACCGCUGUUCCCUGAAAAGUACAAUAAUUUCCACGGUAUGAAGGUUAACCUCACAUGGAUUCCCUUAACACCGUAUUGGAUGGUGACGAAACGACCAGGACCAAACGGCACAGAAAUAACCACGUUCAGUGGAAGGGAUUAUUGGAUCAUGGAAAACAUAGCACUGAUCCACAAUUUUUCUCUGAACCCUCUUCCAUACACAGGAUGGGAUCCAGUAUUGAAGAGCUUGAGGACUCGUGAAGCUUUUCUUUGGCCUGUUCCCUUGCCAAUAUUACCACACAUGUUGGAGCUGUACGAUAUCAGUUUUUUUCUGGAGCGGUCCACUCUCGCCUUCUCUAUGGCUAAGCCAUCCACCAAACCUAGUUGGGAGACCGUUUAUCGUCCGUUCCAGAUCGACGUGUGGGGCCUCGUAGUGGCUUCCGUUGUAACUGUGUAUAUUGUCCUCCUGAUGAUGAAUACAAGCAAUAAAGACAAGGGGCCUGGUGCAUGGCUAGUAAUGAAGCAGGUACUUGGAACACUACUUGACGAGGCCAUCCCUGGAGAGCUACCACAACGCAGUAACACGAGGGUGGUUUUGACGGCAUGGCUGAUCUUCAGUUUCGUCGUGGGAACAGUUUACCGCAGUAAUCUCACUGCCUCCCUCACAAUACCAAAGUACCCUCCUCGCAUCGAGACCUUCAGCGGACUGGUUGAUGCAAAUGCCAAGCAAGUACAUCAUGCAUUUUUCAAUGUGGCACCCAGUUUACCAGUAUAGGACAUACAUUCAGCUGUUGUUUGCAGAGGAUACUGCACUGGUGUUUGAAGGAGAGUUUCGGACCAGUAAAAGGAAUAUGGAAGGAAAUGCGAAACUGAUGCUGAAUGAAAAUAACAACAGUAACGAAAUGAACGAUGAUAGAUAAUAGAUAAUAGGAGAGUGAAUUUAGUUAUGAGUGGUACGUUUCAGGAAAAAGUUUUAAAUAGUCAGGGUCGAAUAUUGCUGUAGAUGAAGAAAUUGAUGCGGUGUUAAAAGAAAUAAAGUAGAGAAAGUGACGAAACUUUAAUUUCUCAAAAUGGAAGACGUCCAUAGCAAACUGAGAUGGGUUCAAGUCCGUAAACCUGUCAAAAUGAGUGACGUCGCCGACUCCAACACUCUCAUACACUCUUGGCGCUAUGGGAGGAACUCGGUGUUUGGUGUUGCAUGAAAAUCUCAGGUAUUUCACUCAUGAAUGCCAUACAAACCAUGGAGCUGGAGAGACACUCGGCGGAAUUCGCGUACAUUAUGAAAGGCAAACUAUGUUAGGAAGAACAAUGUUGCAGUAGAGUCCGAUGACGAUGCUGUCAUUGCUACUUUUGUGUUCAGUGAUAAGCUCUCGGUGAGAGGGAAUAAAGUGUAUUAUUAUUAUUAUUAUUAUUAUUAUUAUUAUUAUUAUUAUUAUUAUUAUUAUUACUAUUAUUACAGUAAUAUAAUAUUAUUAUCGGCAUCAUCAUCAUCACCAUCACCAUCAACGUUACCAUCGUAGUCAUCUACUCUUAUCAUGAGUAUCAUAAUCAUCAUCAUCAUGAACAUCAUCAUCAUCAUCAUCAUCAUGAGCAUCAUCAUCAUCAUCAUUACUAAUGUUUUACUCAACAAAAAGAAUUCUCGUCGUGGACAGCAUGGAUAUAUUCUACGACAACUUCAGAAUGUCUACAUCUGAGAUGUUGAGAACAAUAGCCGCCAGAAUGGAGUAUGUUUCGAACUCUACGGUGGGAAUGACGCGGACACUUACUGAGAACGCAGCCUACCUCUAUGAACGAUUAUACAUGGAGGUGAUGGUCGCUCAGGAUUUCACGGACAGUGAACAAAAUACGCCUCUUUAUGUUACUCAAGGCAGUUUUUUGGCGGAUUUUACAGCAUUUGUGCUGAUUCGAGAUGCUCCAUUCAAGCCAAACUUUGACUACAGUUUAUUCACGUUUCACGGGGCUGGACUGAUAGAGAAGUGGGGAAGGGACGUGAUGGAUAAAAUUCGCAGUGAGAGCAGGAAGAAACGGGGAAAGGAAAAGUCACAUGAAGCAAAGGAGGCUGAAGCAAAAAUCAAGCCCCUCACUCUCGUGCAUAUGCAGGGGCCGCUCUCCCUUUACCUGGCAUGUAUCAUCAUCUCCUUUGCUGCCUUCCUCAGUGAGGCAACCUUUGGCGUCUGGUUUCAUCAACGAACAAGACGAAUAUAAUGACACUCUUCCUUUAUUGCGGCUUCCCAAACUCUUCGUUCGGAACGCCAUAGAUAA